AUGUCAAACAUUGAUUUUAAAGCAUUAGAAAGAGCAGCAAAUGAAACUAGAGGUUUAAGCAUGGAUGCAGUUGCCAAAGCUGCCUCUGGUCAUUUAGGUUUACCACUUGGUUCUGCUGAAAUUGGUGCUGCAUUAUUUGGUAAUUCAUUGAUCUAUAACCCAAAAGAUACAAGAUGGUUAAAUAGAGAUUAUUUUGUAUUAAGUGCAGGUCAUGGUUCAAUGUUUUUAUAUAGUUGGUUACAUUUAUCAGGAUAUGAUGUUUCAAUUGAAGAUAUUAAAAAUUUCAGACAAUUAAAUUCAAAGACACCAGGUCAUCCAAAAUUUCAUGACACACCAGGCGUUGAAGCUACCACUGGUCCAUUAGGUCAAGGUAUUGCAAAUGCCGUUGGUAUUGCAUCAGCAUGUAAAAUGGCAGCAGGUAAAUUCAAUACUGAACAACAUCAAAUCUUUAAUCAAAAGGUAGUAGUUUUAGUUGGUGAUGGUUGUUUACAAGAAGGUAUUUCACAAGAGGCCAUUUCAUUCGCUGGUCAUCAUCGUUUAGAUAACUUGAUCGUAUUCUACGAUUCAAACGAUGUCACAUUGGAUGCUAUGGCAAUUGAAACCCAAUCAGAGGAUGCCGUAAAGAGAUUCGAAAGUGUUGGAUUCGAAGUACAAUUAGUAUUAGAAGGUAACAACAUUGGCUCAUUAAUCAACGCCUAUCAAAAUGCUAAACACUCCAAAUCCGGUAAACCACAAAUCAUCAUUUGUAAGACUACAAUCGCCAAGGGUAUCCCAGAGGUUGCUGGUACCAAUAAAGGUCAUGGUGAAGCUGGUGUUAAAUUUAUCGAUUCCGCUCGUAAGAAUCUCGGUCUCCCAGAAGAGAAAUUCUUUGUCAGCGGUGAAACCAGACAAUACUUUGAACAACAUGAAAAACAAUUAGAAAAGCUCUACCAAGAAUGGCAAGCAACCUUUGCCGAAUGGAAAUCUGCCAAUCCAAAGCUUGCCCAACUCUUGGAAAGUGCUCAUGAAAAACACGAAGCUAUCGAUAUCAUGAAACAAAUCCCAGAGUUCCCAACCACACCAAUCAUUGCCACUCGUAAGGCUGGUAGCGACGUUUUACAACCAAUCUCUCAAUACCUCCCAUUAUCAGUCAGUGGUAGUGCCGAUUUACAUGGCUCCACCUUGAAUUACAUCAAAGAGGGUAGAGAUUUCACACCAGCUUGUCCAACUGGUCGUAAUAUUAAGUUUGGUAUUCGUGAACAUGCUAUGGGUGCCAUGAUGAAUGGUAUCGCCUACCAUGGUCUUUUCAAAGUUUCAGGUGCCACCUUUUUGGUAUUCUCAGACUAUCUUCGUCCAGCCAUCCGUUUGGCUGCUCUCUCACAUUUACCAGUAGUUUACAUUUUCACUCAUGACUCUGUUGGUGUUGGUGAAGAUGGUCCAACUCAUCAACCAGUUGAAACCGUUUCAGGUCUUCGUAUGAUUCCAAACUUGGAUGUCAUUCGUCCAGCCGAUCCAGAAGAAACAGCUGCUGCUUUCUCUUUGGCUUAUGCUCGUGCCGAUGGUCCAACCCUUUUAUCAUUAACUCGUCAAAAUCUUCCAUUCCUCCCAGGUACCGCUCAAAAGAAGAGAGAAGGUACUCUCAGAGGUGGUUACAUUGUCGUUAGUGAAACCGCUCCAUUAAGAAUGAUCUUAAUUGCCACUGGUUCAGAAGUUCAACAUUGUGUUGAAGCCGCUAAAUUAUUAGGUGAUGAUAUUCGUGUCGUCUCUAUGCCAUGCACUGAACUUUUCGAUCGUCAAUCAAAUGAAUACAAACAAUCCGUACUUCCAAGUGGUUGUAGAAAUCGUAUCGCUAUGGAAGCUGGUGUCACUUCAUUCUGGUAUAAAUAUGUUGGUCUUGAUGGUAAAGUCAUUGGUAUUGAUAGAUUUGGUAUGUCUGCACCAGGUAAUGCCGUUAUGAAACAAUUAGGUAUGACUUCUGAAAAUUUAGUAAACAUUUCAAAACAAUAA